CACACACACACACUCUCGUUGUCUCUGUUAGAGAGAUGGACAUGGCUCUCCCUCUGCCCAGGACCCCGUCGCUGGUCUCCGAGACGUCCUCCGUGCGAGGUGCGCGGUCCAUCCGCGCGACGCCCUCGGUCUUCUCGGCGCGCUCCGUCCGCGGGGCGCCCUCGAUCCGCGGGAGCCCAGGCGAGGCGGCGGGAAACGCGCGGCUGAGCUCCGACGGCGGCCCGCGGCGGGGCUCCGACGCCGAGGCAACGGACGCCGCGUUGGCGCUCCGGCAGGCUAGCGACGUGGAGGCGUUGUGGAGCCGCCGUGACACCAUGGAGGCGUCCUGGAGGCGCUACGAGUCCAUUUGGGAAGCGAGGAGCGGGUCCGAUCCGGACCUGUCGAGCGGGGAGGACAGCGACCAGCAGGCGGAGGCUCGACCCCAUCGCGGGCCGCGGUGGCGGCCGUCCCUCCCCUGUUGCUGCGAGAAGGAGGGGGGAGGAACUGGAUCAGGAUAUGGGGGAGACCAGGA